GGAAAAAGGCUUCUGAAAAGGAGUUCUUACCUGAUAUGCGAAGGUUGUCCCUUGCAGACACAGCCACCCGCAAACUUUGAAGGAGAGAGAGAAGGCUCCGAACUCUCUCGCUCUUACGCCACUUUCGAGUAGUUGAGCAAGUAUAUUUCACCUAUUUAUCAAAUAUGUUUUCUGGGUUUGCAGUUUGUACAUAUAUGUAAAUGAGGUCAGUUAAAGAUGGCCUUAGAAUUCAUGCCCACACCAUCAAAACUGGUUUUACUUCAACUACUUUCACAUACAAUCAACUCAUUCAUUUGUAUUCGAAACGUGGUCUAAUUCUAGAUGCUUACAGACUGUUCGACGAAAUGCCUGAACGAAAUGUGUUUACUUGGAAUGCCAUAAUAAGUACCUACGUAAAAGCCCAAAACUUGACGCAAGCACAAGCUCUCUUCGAUGCUUCUCCCCUUAAAGAUUCAGUCACGUACAACUCUUUGUUAGCUGGUUAUGUGAACUGUGAUGGGUAUGAAACAAAUGCAAUUAAAUUGUUUUUGGAAAUGCAAUCGGUGGGUGACAAAGUUCAAACUGAUGAGUUUACUCUCACUACAAUGCUUAAUUUGACGGCAAAGUUAGGUGUUUCAUCUUAUGGAAGGCAAUUGCAUUCAUUUAUGGUUAAAAAUGGUAGUGAUUUGAAUGGGUUUGCGGUGAGUGCUCUCAUUGACAUGUAUUCAAAAUGUGGGUGUUUACGAGAUGCAUGGACAGUGUUUAAUGGAUGUGGUGGUGGGCUGGUUGAUUUGGUUUCAAAGAAUGCAAUGGUUGCUGCAUGUUGUAGAGAGGGUGAGUUGGAAAUGGCUCAAAAGCUUUUUUGGAGGGAACCAGAGUUAAACGAUACGGUGUCUUGGAACACAUUGAUUUCGGGUUAUGCCCAGAAUGGGUAUGAGAAGCAGGCAAUCAAGAUGUUUAAGGCUAUGGCAGAGGAUGGGUUUAGAUGGAACGAGCACACUUUUGGCAGUGUUCUGAAUGCUUGCUCUGGUUUAAAGAGUUUGAAGCUUGGGAAAGAAGUUCAUGCUUGGGUUUUGAAGGAAGGAAUGAGUUCAAAUCCAUUCAUAAGUAGUGGCAUUGUUGAUGUCUAUUGCAAGUGUGGCAGUAUGAAGUAUGCUGAGUCACUUUAUGCAACAAUUGGGAUAAUAAAUCCAUUUUCCAUCUCUUCUAUGAUCAUGGGGUUUUCGUUGCAAGGUAGCAUGAUAAAAGCUAGGAAGCUUUUUAAUUCAUUGGCAGAGAAGAAUUCUGUUGUUUGGACAGCUAUGUUUUCUGGUUAUGUGAAAUCCCAGCAAUGUGAGGAUGUUUUUGAGCUUUUCAGGGAGUUCAAGUCAAAGGAAUCCACAGUUCCUGAUGCUUUGAUCCUCAUCAGCGUGCUUGGUGCCUGUGCAAUACAAGCCACUGUGGAUCCUGGAAAGCAAAUUCACGCCUACACAUUGAGAAUGGGAGUAGAAAUGGAUGAGAAGAUGAUAACUGCUGUGGUUGAUAUGUAUUCAAAAUGUGGGAAUAUAACAUAUUCGCAAAAUAUUUUCCAAAGAGUUACUUUCAGGGAUUCUGUCCUUUACAAUGUAAUGAUGGCUGGUUAUGCUCACCAUGGGUAUGAAUAUGAAGCUAUCCAACUUUUUGAGGAAAUGAGGGAGAGCGGGGUCAGACCUGAUGCCGUUACCUUAAUUGCUGUUCUAACAGCAUGCCGUCAUUGUGGCCUAGUAGAAGUGGGUGAAAAGUGUUUCUCUUCAAUGACAGAGGAUUAUGCUAUAUCACCCGAUAUUGAUCAUUAUGCAUGCAUGAUUGAUUUGUAUGGGAGGGCUAAUCAGCUUGACAAGGCAGCUGCAUUUAUGGCAAGGAUCCCUAUAGAGCUUGAUGCUGUAAUAUUGGGUACAUUUCUAAAUGCAUGCAAGAUAAAAAGGAAUGCAGAACUUGCAAGGGAGGCAGAAGAGAAGCUUCUGAGGAUUGAAGGAGAUAAUGGAUCUCGAUAUGUGCAGUUGGCAAAUGUCUAUGCCUCAGAUGGUAAGUGGGAUGAGAAAGGGAGGAUAAUGAAAAAGAUGAGAGGAAAGGAGGUCAAGAAGGUUGCUGGUUGCAGUUGGGUACCAGUGGGUAACAAAGUUUACUCCUUCACCUCUGGUGAUAGAUCUCACUUAGAAACAGAGGCUCUAUAUUCUAUUUUAGUUUGCUUGACAAAAGAAUUAAGGGAAAUAACCCACGUCAAUGUAAGAAAUUGGGCAGUAUAUGACGUGGUCAGUGUGCUGGUAUAAACAUCUCAGUAUGUUUUGAACAUGCAGAAAUUAAGGUUCCAGUUGGCCACCCAGUGAAGAUAAUAUGUGAUGCAGGGAGGCUGGGAUCGCCAUUUAUUUUCUGGGGGUAUGUGAUGAUAUAAAAAACAUUCAUUGGAGCUCAUUGAUUCUAAGUAUUUUUUCAGUGUCCAUUGAUUGCAAUUAAAUGUGAUAGGAAGCCUAGUGAUUUUGCUGGAACAACAACUGGCAUUGGAUCUGACAGUUAACACUUUGUAUUGAACAAGAGUAUCACCACUUGCCAUGCUUAUUUGCGGCAAUAGAAUGGAAGAUGAUUUUUCUGGCAAGUUACUUGAUCGCGCACAUUGAGAAAACACUUUCCUACAAUUUUGAUACUGAAUCUAUUGUAGAUGCGUUUUAUAUCAUGAAAUAGUUGUGACCACAGCUUCAGUUGGCUAACGUUAGUAUGUACAAUAUAGAUAGAAUCAUAGAGCAUUAG